GUGAAUUCCUCUCAGAAUCCGUAAUUUUGAGCCUGACUAACCACAUUUGAAAAGACCAAACCGGACCGAGGCCACCACCCGGAAAGCACAAUUUCUGAGGUUCUAUAUAGUCUAUGGCCACAAUGCAGGGGCAAUGAUAAUGACAUCUUAGACUAGGAAUGUGGAUUGAAACGUCCUGCUAAUAUCUAACUGUAAUUACAAGUAAUCCCUUGGCAACUCCCUGGAGUGGUGCAACAUUUGCCAUUUCACCCCAUAAUCCACCAUGUCACUACCAAACGAAUCAGGGAACCGAGGGAAGGAUCGAGAGAGGGGGGCCCGUCCCAAGGUGAGACAGAGCCGGUCAGAGGACAGACGAGAUACAGGACGCAAAGUUGGAAAGGGAAAGAAAAAAGGCCUUGCCUGCCACGAACCAGCAGCUGAGCGACCAGUCAGUGAUGGCUUUGAGUAUGGUCAGCUGUUAAGUGACGCAGAGACCAGGGAGCAAUCUUCCUCUUCUCCUCGGAAGGAGAGUUGGAGAUGGCAGGGUUUGGAAGUCACUACAUCUUUACUAGGACAAGAACAUGCGACAGCCAGUCCAGGACUGGGAACAGUCAGCUCUGUCAACUUGUUACCCCCACCAAGUGAAGGUGACAGCAGAGGGUCAAGCAGCAGUCGCACUCUCCGGCAAAAAAUCAAAGAUGCCACGGGGCAGUAUUUCUCAAUAAAGACACUGUAUGAGGUGUUGGCCUCAGCCUCAGCCUCAGCGUCGGCCUCUGUGCACACCAGUGAUACUGUCUCUGACCCGCCGGUUGACCCAGAGGUGACGGGGACCAGUGUGCCCUCUAAGGUUGUUGUUCAUCAGACUGAGCAUGACAAAUCUCAAGAUGGCUACCGCAUUCACACUCAGAUUGGUUACAUUCACUGUUUAGUUCCAGACCUGCUGAAGAUUACCAACCUGUCGUGUUACUGGGGGGUCAUGGACCGCUACGAGGCAGAGACGCUGCUGGAGGGAAAGCCCGAGGGCACGUUCCUCCUGCGGGACUCUGCCCAGGAAGACUACCUCUUCUCUGUUAGCUUCCGCCGCUAUGGCCGCUCACUACAUGCACGAAUUGAACAGUGGAACCACAAUUUUAGCUUUGACGUGCAUGACCCCAGUGUCUUCCACGCCUCCACGGUUACCGGAUUGCUGGAGCACUACAAGGACCCAAACUCUUGCAUGUUCUUUAAGCCGCUGCUUUCCAACCCCAUCCACCGCACACAGCCCUUCAGCCUGCAGCACAUCUGCCGAGCAGUCAUCAGCAGCUGCACAACCUAUGAUGGCAUUAACUUGCUUCCCAUUCCAAAUGUGUUGAAAAAGCACCUGAAAGAAUACCACUAUAAGCAGAGAGUACGUGUGCGGUGAAUGGAUACCUGGUGGGAAUGAAGAACA